AUUAUAAAAGGCUGACGGAAGCGUCUGUUUGUGGCAAAUUCAGUCCGCCUCCCAAAUGCUAAAUAAAUUGAAGCUCAGAAUCAGGAGACCAAGUAGGGGAGAAGCACCAGCAAGUUCUGGGAAUUGAUUGUUCAGCUCAUAAAAUUUCCAAAUUCAUUUCACAUCUCAUUCUUUUUUUUUUCCCUUUAUCCUAUGGAUACUUACAUGUAGAAGUAGAAUAGUAGAUAGGUAAUGGCUUCUUCAGAGAUCGAAGUUGUUUCAGACAGCAGGAACCAACAGAACUCAGCGAGUUCGAACUCAAACCUUAACGAAAUCAACAUAAUUGACGUUUUCUCUGCAUCUGCUUACGGUGAUUUCGAUAAAUUGCGAAAGUUCGUCGAGCAAGAUGGUUUCUCCGUCUCCAAUCCUGACCGUAAUGGUUAUUAUGCUCUACAAUGGGCUUCUUUGAAUAACUUUCCUGAUAUCGCGCACUAUAUUAUCGAGCAUGGUGGCGAUGUUAAUGCUACCGAUAAUUCACAGCAGCCGGCUUUGCAUUGGGCAGCAGUUCGGGGCUCAAUUGCCGCAGCAGACGUGCUUUUGCAGAAUGGAGCUCGCGUAGAGGCUGCUGACGUUAACGGCUAUCGGGCAGUUCAUGUUGCAGCUCAGUAUGGGCAAACAGCUUUCCUAAACCACAUCAUCGUGAGGUAUGGUGCUGAGUUUGACAUGCCAGACAAUGAUGGGAGAAGUCCUCUUCAUUGGGCUGCUUAUAAGGGCUAUGCAGAUACUGUGAGGUUGCUUUUGUUUAGAGAUGCAAACCAAGGUAGACAAGAUAAGGAAGGAUGCACACCUCUGCACUGGGCUGCAAUAAGAGGAAAUGUGGAGGUAUGCACGGUACUUGUACAUGCAGGCACAAAGCAGGAAUUAACAGUCAAGGAUAAUGCUGGAUUUACUCCUUCCCAGCUUGCUUCUGAUAAGGGUCAUCGGCAUGUUGCUUUUUUUCUUUCAAAUGCACAAGGGACAAAUAGAAGUUUCUGUAAGGACAAAGUUGGCAUUGGGACAUUAGCAGAUACAGGAUAUGCCCCCAUUUUAUUGUGUAUCAUAAUGAUUCUUAUAGUGCUGUUCAUCAACUCCAUUCUUACAGCUCCUAAUUUCACAAAGGUCACUGCUGUUGUUGGACUUUGGGGAUGGGUUGCCGUUUCUCUUGCUUUUGGUUCACUAUUCAUGUUCUACAGAUGUAGCAGUAAAGACCCAGGUUACAUAAAAAGGUCUGCAGGUUUUACUGAUCAUAUGGAUAAAGAGGAUCCAUUGUUGAAUAUUGAUCUGAACAUUUCCUCUGUUUGGAUGGGAAACUGGUCUCAAUUAUGUCCUACUUGCAAGAUAGUCAGACCUGUUCGCUCCAAGCACUGUUCUACGUGUAAGCGCUGUGUGGAGCAGUUUGAUCAUCACUGUCCAUGGAUAUCUAAUUGUGUAGGGAAGAGGAACAAAUGGGACUUCUUUGUCUUUUGCUGCAUGGGAACUGUGACAUCAUUCAUUGCUGCUAUUAUCACAAUUGAAAGGAUUUGGACAGGAAUGCCAGCAAUCCCUGCUUUGGAAAGAUGGAUACAUCAUCUGGCAGUUCAACAUCCUGGGGUUCUCGUGUUUCUAUUCAUGGAUACCAUUAUUUUGAUUGGAGCUACAGCUUUGACCAUAUCACAGGCAUCACAGAUAGCACAGAAUAUCACCACUAAUGAGCUGGCAAAUGCCAGACGUUAUGGAUAUCUUCAAGGUCCGGAUGGGCGAUUUCGCAACCCCUACAACCAUGGGUGCAGAAAGAAUUGCACUGAUUUCCUUAUUCAUGGCUAUAUUGACGAUAAUGAAAUUGCUUGGCCUACAUUACAGCAGACCACCAAUUAAAACCAUCACAAUACGCUUCAAUUUUCCUCAGAAUUGAGAAUGUUGUUUUCUCUGAGACAUUCCUCUCAGACUGUUGAUCUAUUAUGUGUCCUAUGAUACAUUGCAGAGUGUGACUCACAGGCUACAGAUUCCAAUGCUUCAACGCCUCUAUCUGCCUGCUUAUACUACAAAUGAAUAGGCGCUUUUCUGUUUUGGAGAAUGCAGGUGAUGCAUGUUCUGUGUACAUACCUUCUGAUAUAUGUGAUGGUGAGACGUAGGCAUGCUUCUUGUGAUACUUAAUCUUCAACAAGAAAUCUGUCUGUAUUGUUUUGCUAUGCAUGUAAAAUUCUUAAAUAAAUACGCUUGCGAGUUUUUAACUAGAACCUGCUAAUUAGCUCGAACAUUGCCAUUGCUACUAGUGAGAGAAUGUUAAAGUGAAUGGUAUUCUUAGCAAAGCUGAAUUUCAGUAUGUUAUCUUUUCUUUGAA